CCCUUAUUAGAAAAUGGAAGUGAAGAACUCGUUCUUGUCGUUUUGUGCGUGCAAAGGGAUUAGAAAGUGUUUCCUAUGCGAGAAUAAUGCAGGAAACACGAAUAGAAGUGUUGCCAAGCAGUCAAGUUAUUAUGAGGGAAUGGAGACUUACAUCUACUGUCAAGACUGUGAGAAAGCUUGGAGCGAUCUCAAUACGUUGUCUUCCCAUCCUGAACACUCCGGUCAGUCCAUAAACUUCCCUGGAAUAUUGAUCAUGAAUAACUUCAUCACUGAAGAAGAGGAACAAAAACUGGUCCAGGAGAUUGAUGAGAUACCUUGGGUUGAUUCUCAGUCCGGAAGGAGAAAACAGGACUUUGGACCAAAGGUCAACUUCAAGAAGAAAAAGCUGAAGUUGCAGGUAUUCAGUGGACUUGCACCCUUUAGUAGACUACUCAUUGAUAGUAUAAAACAAAUAGAAAAACUGAAAGACUUCAUUCCUGUUGAGCAGUGUCAGCUAGAAUAUGUGCCUGAAAGGGGAUCAGCAAUUGAUCCGCAUUUUGACGACUUCUGGUUGUGGGGUGAACAUCUUGUGACGUUGAAUCUAGUCUCUGGUACGUACCUCAGUAUGACUCAUGAUGACAAGCCCGGUGUAUUAGUGCUCGUGCCGAUGGAUAGACGAUCUUUGAUUACAGUUUUUGGCCCGAGUCGAUACGAAUGGAAACAUGGGAUUCGCAGGGAGGACAUCAGAGAACGACGACUGGCAAUAACAUUUCGGGAAUUCACACCUGAAUUUCUACCAGGAGGAAAACAAGAAGAAUUGGGAGAGAAAGUAAUUCAGACUGCAUUAACUUUUGAGGGCAUUUCUGUGGCCUCUUAUGAACAUGGUCUAAAUGUGUCGUGAUCAGAGUAUUCAUCGUGAUUAGGUGCUAUUCUUAUUGUAACAUAAAGAGGGGCAGAUGUAAAAACUGCUGAAAGCCAUUUUGAAAACUUGCCCCCUCCUCCUCUCUUAAAGUGUCAUAGAGCUCCAGACCUGUUGUUGGUAUUUGUAAAGGAGCAACUGCUCCUGACCAAUGUUACAGUACAAGGUAGAUGUGAAUUUGAAAUCCGACGGUGUCUGGUGUUCUGCAAAUAAAGCUGUCUAC